AUGGGAGAGUCAUUAUCACCAUCUCUACAGGAUGUCGAGGCACUUGUUUUCGCUCUGUAUGAGCCGUCCAGUUCCCACAACGUAGACGACAAGAUCAAGUUCUUCGGGGCCUUGACCAUCAUGGUCAAACUCAACACUGAGAGGGACAAUGGUUAUAUCACUGCUGUGCCUCCCGAGAUGUCGACGAUCCUCUGGGACGUCGACUCACGAAAGCUGCAGACCGUUCUCUGGUUCGCUGGGUCGUUGGUUGAAGAAGCAGGUAAAAUUGACGCCAAUGCUAGCAAACACUUGGGCAUAUACGAAGCCAUUGCCAGCAAUAUUUCUGAUGUUGUUGCACUCAUGAGCCACUGUUUUUCAGCUGGGUUCUCACAAACCAGUGAGGACCGCAGUCUCCAAGGAGACUGCAUUAAGACCUUACAGUCUUGGAUUCUCUUUUCUCAGCGGCUAGCUGCGCGAGGUGACGAGACGAUUCCGUUGCUUCGUUCUCUGAUCCCCCCCGUCCUGUCAGCCCUAUCGAUUGCCGAUCUAUUCGAAGCCGCCGCUGAGCUUCUCUCCGAUACCCUAUUGAACUACUCUGGAUUUCUUCUUGAGGCCCACUACGAGGCCCUCUUCUCGCUUCUCCUAGAAGACUCAGCGCGAGGCCGCUACCAGCGACUCGUUGAUGGAGACUUCGACUUUGAGUCUGUCCAAUUUGGGCAGUUGAUGCUAGCCUUGGGCGACUCCAAGGUCCAACUGCUUAUUGAGAACACAGGCGACCGCAGCCAAGACUUUCUCACGAGGCUUCGUGGGUUGCUCCACGCGCAGGGCUAUCCAAUCAGCGACGAUAGGAUAUUUGUUCCUGCACUGGAGUUUUGGUCUACCUUUGUAGAGACUCUUGUCGAUUGCAUGUGCUCCGAUGAUCAUCAGGCUCAGCCCUGGGUGUCUGCAGCAUCGUCACAUGUUGUGGAGCUUGUCUCGGGCAUCUGGCGCAAGGUGAUCUUCCCGCCUGCACAGGACUUUGCGGAGUGGGACUCAUCCGACCGCAUAGCUUUUGGUGAUGCGAGGAAAGAUGUCGCAGAUCUCUUACAGUCAUCGUUUACUAUCAUAGGCCUACCAGCUGCCCUGACGCUCCUGUUCUCUGUCUUGCCAGACGCUGCGCUUGCCGGGCCUGCUGCCAAGUCCAUCCAACGCCUCUGCUCUUCGUCGCAGCAAAGUCUAGCCAGUGAAUCAGGUGCUUUCCUGGAUCAGUACAGCAUGUUAUCGACACGCCAGCAGAUUGACUGUGCCGCGAGCGAAAGGGUUCUCGGCGCCAUUGCUUCUGUUGUCUAUGCCAUACCAGAUGAUCAAGAACGACUCCGCGACCUCGAUACCCUGUUGAGCUUCGUACGGCAAGAUCUUCCAGAACCUGACAGCGAUACCGAACUAGCUCAGAUCUUCCUUGAUCCCGGGCUCUCGGGCUCGGCGGAGUUCUUCUACCUCUUUGCACUCCGAGUCCUUGAUGGCAGGGAGCCUUUGCCUAAGGCUGCCGCUGCUGACUUUUGGCAGGAUCGAGAGGCGUUUCUGAAGAAAGUAAUUAGCCUCCGAGGCUCAAGGGCGACAAACCAAGUAGUGCGUGAGUUCUGGCUUGCUGCCAGGGGUUCCAAGUUCGCCUACGCGUCGUAA